GGGCAAUGAAGUGGAGAAAGCCCCACCUUUCUGAAUGGCUUUGAGUUCCAUUAAGGGUCUGAUUAUGAUGCAGAACUUUUAGAAUGAGUCUAAAUUUCUUUGAAAUUGUAUUCAUUGUCAUGUACAGUUCUUCAUUUUGGGUAACUUCUUUUAACUUAAGAGUUUUCAGGAAGUUCAAAAAACUUUAAGUCUAUUUUCUCCUAUUCUUUAUAUUAACUGUGAAAAAAUUAAGGGAGCAAGGAUUUGCUUAGUCUUUGUUCCAAAAUCCAACAUCAAAUCACGUAUUGGGUUAUACAUCAUUUUCCCUUCAAAUUUAAUUGCACACUGGGCUCAUUCAUAUUUUCUUGGUGUUCUGACAUUGGAUCCUCUCACCAAAACAUUUUUAUAUGGUUGAUAGUAUUAUUAUAGAGGAAAAUGCAUGACAUGAAUAAAAACAUACUUGCUCAUUAUCUGGUUAGGUUGGUUUUUAAAUCUGAUCUAAUUUAGGUUUUUCUAAAAAAAAAAAAAGCGUAAUCAAUCUUUCCAUUCUACUUGCCUGCCAAAUAUUGCAGACAAUUUUUUCUGCAGUUGAGUAUUUUUAUUCAUAACUAUUUGUGAACUGUAUGUAUUGCUGGUAAAUGUUGUUUUAUUAAAAUAAAUUCAAAAUCAUCUUUGGAUUUAAGAUACACACACGUGUGUGUGCACACACACAUAUCCAACCCAUGUUCUUUUGUACUAUCCAAGAAAGUUGAUCAUUAGUGAGAUACUUAUCCCACUUUCUUUUUUUUUUUUGCCUUUCUUAGCCAUUUUUAUUGGUCCAGUGUUAGACUUCUGAUUAAAGCUGUAAUAACCACAUUCUCCAACCACCUAAGUUUGUGAUUAAAAUACUGUAGUUCAUCUAUUUUUUUGUUCUGGAAUAAAUGUUAAGCAUGAACUAAGAUAGCCAUGUUUAUAUCUAUAUAGUCUGGAAACAGGGAAUGGCUUCUAGACAGAGAGGAAAGGAGGGAGAGAAGACCAGAAGGAAAGAGUAAAUGUGAAAAGGAAUAGAGAGUGGAGGAGGCAGAAGCCUAGAAAACAGUAGAGACUAAGAUAGCUACUCGGUUCUAGACCUGCCAGUUCCUGAUUCCAGUUCCUCCUAAAUACCCAAUGUCUAAUUGCCCUGGGAUUCUACAUUAAGACUAUAGUUUCCUUAUAGUAAACUUUCUCUUUUUUUCUUCUCCCAAAGUUCACAUGUUGAAAAGUAAAAAAGAAUAAAAUUUAUAUGAGAGAUAAAGAUGAGAAUGAAAAACUAACUUUGAUCCAUUAGCUUACUGACAUAAGUACCAGCUUCUAUUCCGUGAUUUUAAAAUGCAUGGACAUUCAAGGCACAGUUUCUUGGACAAUUGAUUCCACAAUAAAGAAUUUGGAUCCAUGACCAAUAUCUUUUCUACAAGAAAAUUGUUCAUCAGGUUUUUAAAUGUGAGAAGCAUGUUAUCAUAUAUUGAAAGUUUAUUUAAUCAAAUUUAUUUCACUGUGGGGAAGAAAAUAUUCUAAAAUAGAAUGUUGAUUUGAGUGAUUGGUGUCUUAAUAGAAUUAAACCAAUAUGAAACAUAAUUCUUACAAUUGGCCCAAGCUGUUUUCCCAGUUAGCCAGGUAAUUAGAAUGCCAGAAUAUAUGAUAGUAUAUGUUAUUUAAACAUUGUUAUAAAAACAUUGGCUAAAGUUGGUGCCAUUGGGAAGACCCCAGGUCUCUUCCUCCAAGAUGUAUUCCUCCUCUUUAAAAGUAAGAGAAUUUCAGUUCCAUCCUAGGAUACCAGGAUCUCAAGGUAUCUAUAAGAGAUAUAUGAGUUGCUCACUAAAACUGAAUUGAGAUCUUUCCUAGUUGUAAAUUAAUCUGCUGUUUCAGAUGGAUCUAACUUAUUUUCAUCUGCACUUUAUUCUUUACUUCAACUUCAGCUUUUAUCUUUGACUAUUUCCUCUUCAAGGUCUCAGUAAACCUCAGCUUCUAUGUGUGUGUAUCUUAGUUUUAGUAAUAGAUGUGGAUGCUCUUUACAAAUUGUUUUAGAUAAUGUAACAAAUCAUUAUAACAAACUUACAAAAGUUCUUAGAUAAUAUUUACAAAUAAGUUAUUCACAACUCCUUAAACUUAUGAGUUUGCAUAAUAAACUAGUUCUAGCUGGUCUACCACCUAAGUUAGUACUCCUGAAACAUGUGAAUGAAUCUCUUUAUCUACUGUGCUAGCAGUGAGUUAAGAGUUUCAUGGUGUAUAUUCUUUCUUUAAUAGACUGAUAACUGCGUAUCUGUUUCUGCUCAAUUUUCGUGGAGCACUUACUAUACAAUUUAAUAGAUAUCAUAUUGUAAGUUCCAUGAAGUCUUAGAAGGUAUUUUUGUUCUCAGCAGCUAGUGCAGUGCCUGGUGUAUAAUAUGAAAUCAAUAAGUAUUUGUUGAAUGAAUAAAUACAGUUAACUUUGCAUUUGCAUAAUUUCCCAAAGUGUCUGGUACCAUUUCCACAUUCAUAAUCUCACAGAAAAAUAGAAGUUACCAUUUUAAUUUAUAAACUGCCCCAUAUAUAUAAUCCGCGGUGUUGCGUUUUGUUUUGUUUGCAUGAAACUAAGUAAGAACACAUGUUGUGUUCAAUAUUUAGCAAACUAGGUUCAAGUACAACGCGUGGUGGCGCUGUAAGCUAAGGUUGCUGAAAAACAGACUUGCGCAGGGUUACUAUUCUGACAGCCAUAAUGAAAUCCACCAAAGACAAGAGGCUUUCUUAACCGCAAUUUGCGUUGCGGCAAGGAUUGAUUUCCAAAGAUUGUCUACAGACCCAGCACAGGCAUCCGGAUCUUCGUGGCUUUUGGUGUUGGAGAAAUGGAGGCCGAAAAGGAGCGCUUUCCUAGACCAAGGCAAGUUCUGCUUCUCUUUGUUAUGCUGUCUCAGACUUGGGCGGAGCGGAAAGGUUACACUGUAGCUGAAGAAACAGAGAGCGGUUCUUUUGUGAGCAAUCUAGCAAAGGACCUAGGGCUAGGGGUAAGAGAGAUGUCCUGGCGGAGGGCUCGGGUAAUUUUUAACAAUAACAAAAACCAUCUUCAGCUGAACCUUCAUACCGGAGAUCUGCAAGUAAAUGAAAAACUGGAUAGGGAGGAACUAUGUGGCCCCGCUGAGCCUUGUGUGCUGCACUUCCAGGUGUUACUGGAAGAACCUUUGGAGGUCUAUAAGUUUAAACUUCUGGUCAGUGACAUAAAUGACAAUUCCCCUGUGUUCCCAGAUGCAGAAAUGAUUUUGAAAAUUAUGGAAAAUACUCCUCCAGGAACUGUAUUUCCCCUAAAAAAUGCACAAGACUUGGAUGUAGGUGUUAAUAACAUUCAAAACUAUACCAUCUACCCCAACUCCCAUUUCCACGUUCUCACCCACAAUGGUAGCGAGGGCAGAAAAUACCCGGAGCUAGUUCUGGACAAAUCCCUGGACCGAGAGGAGCAGACUGAGCUCAGGUUAACUCUCAUGGCGGUAGAUGGUGGAGCUCCUCCCAAAAGUGGGACUGCCUUGGUCCUCAUUGAUAUCUUGGACAUCAACGACAACGCCCCUGAGUUUGCGCAGCCACUCUAUCAAGUGCAGAUCUCGGAGAAUAGUCCCCUUGAAUCCCUUGUUGUCGCUGUUUCCGCCAGGGAUUUAGACACAGGAAUACAUGGGGAAAUAUUUUACUCAUUUUUUUAUAGUGAUGAAGAGAUCGCCAAGACAUUUGCACUUAAUGAACUAACGGGAGAAAUUAAAAUAAUUAGAAAAUUAGAUUUUGAAAAAACUGAGUCAUAUGAGAUGGAUAUUAAAGCCUCUGAUGGGACAGGUCUUUCUGGAAAAUGCACGGUCAUAGUACAGGUGGUGGAUAUCAAUGAUAAUGUCCCAGAACUGACCAUGGUUUCAGUCCUAAACCACAUCCCCGAAAAUUCUCCUGAGAUCACGGUAGCUCUUUUCAGUAUUCAAGAUCGAGAUUCCGGGGAAAACGGAAGGAUGGUUUGCUCAAUUCAGGAUGAGGUUCCGUUCGUGCUGAAACCUUCCCUUGAGAAUUUCUAUAGGCUGGUGACAGAGGGAGCGCUGGACAGAGAGAGCCGAGCCGAGUACAACAUCACCAUCACCGUCACUGACUUGGGGACUCCCAGGCUGAAAACGGAGCACACCAUAACCGUGCAGGUCUCCGAUGUCAACGACAACGCCCCCGCCUUCUCCCAAAGCUCCUACACCCUGUUCGUCCCCGAGAACAACAGCCCCGCCCUGCACAUCGGCAGCGUCAGCGCCACAGACAGAGACUCGGGCUCCAACGCCCAGGUCACCUACUCGCUGCUGCCGCCCCGCGACCCGCACCUGCCGCUCGCCUCGCUGGUCUCCAUCAACGCGGACAACGGGCAGCUGUUCGCCCUGAGGUCGCUGGACUUCGAGGCCCUGCGGGCGUUCGAGUUCCGCGUGGGCGCCGCAGACCGAGGCUCCCCCGCGCUGCGCAGCGAGGCGCUGGUGCGCGUGGCGGUGCUGGACGACAACGACAACCCGCCCUUCGUGCUGUACCCGCCGCAGAACGGCUCGGCGCCCUGCACCGAGCUGCUGCCCAGGGCGGCAGAGGCCGGCUACCUGGUGAGCAAGGUGGUGGCGGUGGACGGCGACUCGGGCCAGAACGCCUGGCUGUCGUUCCAGCUGCUCAAGGCCACGGAGCCCGGGCUGUUCAGCGUGUGGCCGCACAAUGGCGAGGUGCGCACCGCCAGGCCGCUGGGCGAGCGCGACGCGGCCAGGCACAGGCUGGUGGUGCUGGUGAGGGACAGUGGCGAGCCCGCGCUGUCUGCCAGCGUCACGCUGCACGUGCUGCUGGUGGACGGCUUCUCGCAGCCCUACCUGCCGCCGCCGGAAGCGGCCCCGGCCCAGGCCCAGGCCGACUCGCUCACCGUCUACCUGGUGGUGGCCUUGGCCGCGGUGUCGUCGCUCUUCCUGUUCUCGGUGCUGCUGUUCGUGGCGGUGCGGCUGUGCAGGAGGGACCGGGCGGCCUCGGGGGGUCGCUGCUCGGUGCCUGAGGGCCGCUUUCCGGGCCACUUGGGGGACAUUAGUGGCACUGGGACCUUAUCCCAGAGCUACCAGUAUGAGGUGUGUCUGAGGGAAGGUUCAGAGACCAGCGAGUUCAAAUUCCUAAAGUCUGUUAUGCCCAACCAGCAUGGUGCUGUGAAUGACGUGGAGGAAAAGUCUGACUUUGUAAAGUGGUUAGGAUUUAAUUUGAAAUCUGUUGAGUUUUCAGAGCAUUCAGGAUAAAGUUUAGUUAUUUCUCAAUACACUAGAUCUCCUUUACAUUUUGUUUGUUGGUCUAUACAGAAUUUCUUUGUUUUUUGCUGAUUUCAU